AUGAUUCAGCUUUUGUUUACGCUUGUAUUGGCGGAAAUGGCUCUGAUUCUGACCCUUUUGUUUGGAACCCCACUGAGGAAGUUGGUGAUGAUGGGGUUGGACCGGUCGAAGCAGGGAAGGGGACCAUUGGUGGCAAAGACGGUGGCUGCAACAAUGAUGGUGCUCUUUAGCUCCACCGUGUAUAGCGUGGUGAAAAUCCAGAAACGUUCAACGGAAGCUGGCAUGAUUAAUCCAACUGAUGAGGUUCUUUUGGCGCAUCGUCGUCUGGAAGCAUCUCUCGUAGGAUUCUCCCUAUUCCUUGCACUAAUGAUAGACAGACUACAUUAUUAUGUUCAAGAGCUUCAUCUACUGAGGAAGAACUUGGAGCGACUAAGAAUUUAAAGCAGAAUUAUAGCAAAAACAGGGGAAUGGAGGAACCAAGAAGACAUACAUGGAGUGCCUUUGGACUUGAAGGAAUAUAUAUAUAUAUAAUUUACAUCACU